CCCGUUCGGGAUUCCCUGCCCAGGGUGGAUGCCGUUCUACGCUCCCAGGCUGAGUCUCUGCGAAUGGGAGGGACCAGAAGUCUUCGCAGCUUUGUCACUGCCUCGAGCAUGUUAUCUGCUGGAAUUGGUGUGAUCUCUCCCAUACCCGUCCGGCGUUCUAUCUCCUCUGCUAAAGGGAAAGAGAAGAUGAUAGCCGAUCGUGAUUCGGCGGAGCAAACCCGCAAAAAGCGCAAAGGAAAUGAUGGCGAUCACCUGAUCCCGAUCGACCAUGUGGUUGACUUGACCGGGCCGGAGGUUGAGCCCAAAAGAUCAGUGCCUGCCAACAAACAAACUCCGGUUCUUACUGCCACACCGAUCGAUGAUCGGAUGUUUGUUGAGUUCUCAAAUAUGGGGCCCAGAUCGGAAGGGAGGUAUCUGUUCGGGUUGAUGCCAUCUUCUAUGUGGUGUCAUACUGCGAUCAAAGUUCCCCCGAGCUUCACUAACUUGACUCACUGGUCGGACCUUUUCG